AUGGGAUGGACACCUCUGUUCCUUGCCAUCAAAACGAAUCUCGAGCAUGCCCAACUACUGUUGGACAAUAGUGCUGAUAUUAACGCACGGGCAUUGGAUGGAACCGCUCCACUGCAUUGGGCAGUUGGGGAUCAUUGUUUUGAAAGCGUUGAGUUUUUGCCACGUCGAGGUGCUGAUAUGGAAGCAAGAGACAGUAAUGGUGAUACACCCUUACAUCAUGGGUCUGCCUUUAAAGCUUCCCAAUAUGUGGAAUCUUUGAUGUCUCUAGGUGCUAACUCGGAGGCAAGGAAUAUCAAUGGCGAGACACCUUUGCAUUUGGUAUGUAAAAGCAAGAGAAAGUAUGUUGAAGAUAAUGUUUUUCUACUGGUGUACUGGGGUGCCGAUGUGGAAGCGAGGGACAAUGGUGGCCGUACACCUUUGCAUGUGGCAACCAAUCUGGGUGCUGUCCGUGUUACUUUCGAUGAUGGCGGUGCCAAUUUGGAAGCAAGGGACGACAACGGCAAGACACCGUUGCAUGCUGCAUGUUCCAGAGGCCGUGUGGGUCUUGUUCGUCUGCUAUCGGACCAAAAGGCUGGUUUGGAAGCGACGACCAACAGGAGAUUCCAGCCGUUGCAUAUUGCAGCUCUCAACAAUUUUACCAAUUGUGCUCGGAUACUAUUGAAUCGGGGUGCUGUAUAA